GUCUGCAGUGGGGGGCUGUCCAGCAGUAGCAGGCAGCGGAAGGGUUGGGAGGCUGCUGUCAUUUUAUGGGUAGGCAGUCAGAGUGAAAGUGUCCCUGCUGCCAGAGGACCACCGCGGGCUGGGCGCGGGGGCCCCCGCCUCUCGCUCACCACGCGUACCCUGCGCCUCCUCCGGCAGCCACGGUGGUGGCGGCGACAGAGCCUCGCCCACUCCAAUCCCCACCCUCUACAUCCUUAGUCAUUAAAGAACAGCAGCGCCUGGCACGUUCUUGGAGGACUCCGGGCGCCGAGGAGGAAAGGGAGCAGGCGCAGGGGGACUGGAAAGGCAGCAUGCGCCCGCCAGGAGCAACCUCGGCGACCACGGUCUGAGGCUGCAGCCCCAGUUCGCCAUUGUGAGCCGCCGCCGGGGGAGUCCGCUAGCGCAGCCGUGCCCCCGGGUCCCCGUCCGCGCAGCGAUGGGGCACCUGCCCACGGGGACACACGCCGGCCUCCGCCUCCUGCCUCUGCUCUGGCUCUUUGUGCUGUUCAAGAAUGCUACAGCUUUCCAUGUAACUGUCCAAGACGAUAAUAACAUCAUUGUCUCAUUAGAAGCUUCAGACGUCAUCAGUCCAGCAUCUGUGUAUGUUGUGAAGAUAACUGGUGAAUCCAAAAAUUAUUUCUUCGAAUUUGAGGAAUUCAACAGCACUUUGCCUCCUCCUGUUGUUUUUAAGGCCAGUUAUCAUGGCCUUUAUUAUAUAAUCACUCUGGUAGUGGUAAAUGGAAAUGUGGUGACCAAGCCAUCCAGAUCAAUCACUGUGUUAACAAAACCUCUGCCUGUAACCAGUGUUUCAAUAUAUGACUAUAAACCUUCUCCUGAAACAGGAGUCCUAUUUGAAAUUCAUUACCCAGAAAAAUAUAAUGUUUUCACAAGAGUGAACAUUAGCUACUGGGAAGGUAAAGACUUCCGGACGAUGCUAUAUAAAGAUUUCUUUAAGGGAAAAACAGUAUUUAAUCACUGGCUGCCAGGAAUCUGUUAUAGCAAUAUCACCUUUCAGCUGGUAUCUGAAGCAACUUUUAAUAAAAGUACCCUUGUUGAGUACAGUGGUGUCAGUCAUGAACCCAAACAGCACAGAACUGCCCCUUAUCCACCUCAAAAUAUUUCUGUUCGUAUCAUAAACUUGAACAAAAACAACUGGGAAGAACAGAGUGGCAAUUUCCCAGAGGAAUCCUUCAUGAGAUCACAAGAUGCAACAGGAAAAGAAAAACUCUUCCAUUUUACAGAAGAAACCCCUGAAAUUCCCUCUGGCAACAAUUCUUCCGGUUGGCCUGAUUUUAAUAGCAGUGACUAUGAAACUACAUCUCAGCCCUAUUGGUGGGACAGUGCAUCUGCAACUCCUGAAAGUGAAGAUGAAUUUGUCAGUGUACUUCCCAUGGAAUACGAAAAUAACAGUACGCUCAGUGAGACAGAGAAGUCAACAGCAAACUCUUUCUCCUUUUUCCCUGUGCAAAUGAUAUUGACCUGGUUACCACCCAAACCACCCACUGCUUUUGAUGGGUUCCAUAUCCAUAUUGAACGAGAAGAGAACUUUACUGAAUAUUUGACAGUGGAUGAAGAAGCACAUGAAUUUGUUGCAGAACUGAAGGAACCCGGGAAAUAUAAAUUAUCUGUGACAACCUUUAGCUCCUCAGGAUCUUGUGAAACUCGAAAAAGUCAGUCAGCAAAAUCACUCAGCUUUUAUAUCAGUCCUUCAGGAGAGUGGAUCGAAGAACUGACUGAGAAGCCCCAGCAUGUGAGUGUCCACGUUUUAAGCUCAACCACUGCCUUGAUGUCCUGGACAUCUUCCCAAGAAAACUACAACAGCACCAUUGUGUCUGUGGUGUCGCUGACCUGCCAGAAACAAAAGGAGAGCCAGAGGCUUGAAAAGCAGUACUGCACUCAGGUGAACUCAAGCAAACCUAUCAUUGAAAAUCUGGUUCCUGGUGCCCAGUACCAGGUUGUGAUAUACCUAAGGAAGGGCCCUUUGAUUGGACCACCUUCAGAUCCUGUGACAUUUGCUAUUGUUCCCACUGGAAUAAAGGAUUUAAUGCUCUAUCCCUUGGGUCCUACAGCAGUGGUUCUGAGCUGGACCAGACCUUAUUUAGGCGUGUUCAGAAAAUAUGUCGUUGAAAUGUUUUAUUUCAACCCUGCUACAAUGACAUCAGAGUGGACAACCUACUAUGAAAUAGCAGCAACUGUCUCCUUAACUGCAUCCGUGAGAAUAGCUAAUCUGCUGCCAGCAUGGUACUACAACUUCCGGGUUACCAUGGUGACAUGGGGAGAUCCAGAAUUGAGCUGCUGUGACAGCUCCACCAUCAGCUUCAUAACAGCGCCAGUGGCUCCAGAAAUCACUUCUGUGGAAUAUUUCAACAGUCUGUUAUAUAUCAGUUGGACAUAUGGGGAUGAUACAACAGACCUGUCCCAUUCUAGAAUGCUCCACUGGAUGGUUGUUGCAGAAGGAAAAAAGAAAAUUAAAAAGAGUGUGACACGCAAUGUCAUGACUGCAAUUCUCAGCUUACCUCCAGGAGACAUCUACAACCUCUCAGUAACUGCUUGUACUGAAAGAGGAAGUAAUACCUCCAUGCUCCACCUUGUCAAGCUAGAACCAGCUCCACCCAAAUCACUCUUCGCAGUGAACAAAACCCAGACUUCAGUGACUUUGCUGUGGGUGGAAGAGGGAGUAGCUGAUUUCUUUGAAGUUUUCUGUCAACAAGUUGGCUCCAGUCAGAAAACCAAACUUCAGGAACCAGUUGCUGUUUCUUCUCAUGUCGUGACAAUCUCCAGCCUUCUUCCUGCCACUGCCUACAAUUGUAGUGUCACCAGCUUUAGCCAUGACAGCCCCAGUGUCCCUACGUUCAUAGCCGUCUCAACAAUGGUUACAGAGAUGAAUCCCAAUGUGGUAGUGAUCUCCGUGCUGGCCAUCCUUAGCACACUUUUAAUUGGACUGUUGCUUGUUACCCUCAUUAUUCUUAGGAAAAAGCACCUGCAGAUGGCUAGGGAGUGUGGAGCGGGUACAUUUGUCAAUUUUGCAUCUUUAGAGAGGGAUGGAAAACUUCCAUACAACUGGCGUAGGAGUAUAUUUGCUUUCUUAACCCUGCUACCUUCAUGUCUUUGGACUGAUUAUCUUUUGGCAUUUUAUAUUAAUCCUUGGAGUAAAAAUGGCUUAAAGAAGAGGAAACUGACAAACCCGGUUCAACUGGAUGACUUUGAUGCCUACAUUAAGGAUAUGGCCAAAGACUCUGACUAUAAAUUUUCUCUUCAGUUUGAGGAGUUGAAAUUGAUUGGACUGGAUAUCCCACACUUUGCUGCAGAUCUUCCACUGAAUCGAUGUAAAAACCGUUACACAAACAUCCUACCAUAUGACUUCAGCCGUGUGAGAUUAAUCUCCAUGCACGAAGAGGAAGGUGCAGACUACAUCAAUGCCAACUAUAUUCCUGGCUACAACUCACCCCAGGAGUAUAUUGCCACCCAGGGGCCACUGCCUGAAACCAGAAAUGACUUCUGGAAGAUGGUCCUGCAACAAAAGUCUCAGAUGAUUGUCAUGCUCACUCAGUGUAAUGAGAAGAGGAGGGUGAAAUGUGACCAUUACUGGCCAUUCACAGAAGAACCUAUAGCUUACGGAGACAUCACCGUGGAGAUGAUUUCAGAGGAAGAGCGGGACGACUGGGCCUGCAGACACUUCCGGAUCAACUAUGCUGACGAGAUGCAGGAUGUGAUGCAUUUUAACUACACUGCAUGGCCUGAUCAUGGCGUGCCCACAGCAAAUGCUGCAGAAAGUAUCCUGCAGUUUGUACACAUGGUCCGACAGCAAGCUACCAAGAGCAAAGGUCCCAUGAUCAUUCACUGCAGUGCUGGAGUGGGACGGACAGGAACAUUCAUUGCCCUGGACAGGCUCUUGCAGCACAUUCGGGAUCAUGAGUUUGUCGACAUCUUAGGGCUGGUGUCAGAAAUGAGGUCAUACCGGAUGUCUAUGGUGCAGACAGAGGAGCAGUACAUCUUUAUCCAUCAGUGUGUGCAACUGAUGUGGAUGAAGAAGAAGCAGCAGUUCUGCAUCAGCGACGUCAUAUAUGAGAAUGUUAGCAAGUCCUAGUUCAGAAUCUGGAGCAGAGAGGACACGAUGUGCACCCAUCCGCCCUUGCUUCCAGAUUGUUUUGGGGGCCCCUGAUAGUCAUUUUGCUAAAAA